AUGCUUAAGAUUGUUGUGCGAGGUGGUCAAGUAGUGUUCAUUCUCAUUUUUUUGUCAGUUGCGGUGCUUACUGAGAUGGCUACAGGUACAAUGAAACAAAAUAUUUAUGUGAAUGCCGAGGAUCAGAAACUAAUCAAUCGGUUCGCUAGGCUUCAUCAAAGAUCGCUAGAUAUUAAGGAUAAGCUUCAGGAAAUGAAUAAGGAUCUUCAAAAUUUGAAUGAUGCCGCUGAUGAGGUGCUGCUUUUGGAUGAUACAAAUGUCCAGUCGAUACCAUUCAAGAUUGGAUCAGUGUUUAUGCAUAUGGAUCAAGAAAGAUUGAACGAAAAGCUAGAAAAUGUGAAAGGAGAAUUGGGCAAUCAAGUAUCUGAUCUCACACAAAAGCACAAAAAAAUUUGCGACGAAAUGGACUACUUGAAAUCGAUACUUUAUGAAAAAUUUGGCGAAAGUAUCAAUUUGGAGACUGAUGUAGAUAGUUAG